AUGUCUGACUUUGGCGACGAUGAUGUUGGCGGAGGCGACGAGCCCAUGUACGAGGACGAGGCCGCCGACUACUGGGAUCCCGAGGUCCCCGUUGAGGACGAGGAGGUCGGGCGCGCCGAGGGCGACGAGGAGGACGCAGACAACGUCGUCGUGUCGGGCGACCCCUCUGCUGCGGCGAACUCUGGCAAGGGCAACGAGAAGAGCCACCGCGACAAGAAGAUCCCCGAUGACCAGCGCACGACCACGCCCUACAUGACAAAGUACGAACGCGCCCGUAUCCUCGGCACGCGCGCUCUGCAAAUCAGCAUGAAUGCGCCGGUACUCGUCGACCUGGAAGGUGAGACGGAUCCUCUUCAGAUCGCCAUCAAGGAGAUGCGCGAGAAGAAGAUUCCUCUUAUCGUGCGCCGAUACAUGCCGGACGGAUACUACGAGGAUUGGACUUGCGAGGAGCUCCUCCAGUGA